AUGGUACAAGUAGAUAGUCGUCAAUUAAUCCAAAUUGUGGAGUUCGCUCGACAGGAAUAUUUGCACAACACACAUGCAGCUACUACCACCAGUCCCACCAGUCCCACCAGUCCCACCAGCAGCACCAGCGCGAACAACACCGGAAGCCGAGGGAGGAAAGCAUGUUACCAUUUGCGAGUGGCAAUUAUUUGCAACUCCGAUUCAGGCAGCGCUGUCUGCUCGUGUCUGACGAGAAAACCUGAUUGA